CUGCACUUUGUCAGCAGUCUCUGGUCAUGUCCCCUGUACUGUGUCCGCAGUCUCUGGUCAUCUCCUGCACUGUGUCUGCAGUCUCUGGUCAUCUCCUGUACUGUGUCCGCAGUCUCUGGUCAUCUCCUGUACUAUGUCCGCAGUCUCUGGUCAUCUCCUGCACUGUGUCCGCAGUCUCUGGUCAUCUCCUGUACUGUGUCCGCAGUCUCUGGUCAUCUCCUGUACUGUGUCCGCAGUCUCUGGUCAUCUCCUGCACUGUGCCGCAGUCUCUGGUCAUCUCCUGCACUGUGUCCACAGUCUCUGGUCAUCUCCUGUACUAUGUCCGCAGUCUCUGGUCAUCUCCUGCACUGUGUCCGCAGUCUCUGGUCAUCUCCUGCACUGUGUCCGCAGUCUCUGGUCAUCUCCUGUAUUGUGUCCGCAGUCUCUGGUCAUCUCCUGUAUUGUGUCCGCAGUCUCUGGUCAUCCCCUGUACUGUGUCUGCAGUCCAUUGGUUCAGAAUAUUUUUUUUUCUUUUUUUUUACGCCUCU